AUGCGAAAUGCUGUCAUCGCCAACAAAGACAUUGUGGAGCUUGAACGCAAUCCUCUUUUCUUUUCAGAUACAAAUCCGCUUCAAGUCUCUUUCCGCAUAAAACAUUAUCCCGCGAAUCCAUUCGAAGAGUUCAAACUCGAGAAGUCGAACUACAACAAUUACGGAAUCGAUGGAAAUAUCCGUUUCCGCAAUUUGGUCUCUUUCCGCGGAAGAGAUCGUGCCAGAGACGUUGGUACCGAAGAUAAUGAUACCCAAGUACGAAAAAGUGAACGGAAGGAGUUUGUUGAGAUCCCUGAUCAUGAGCUCAUGGAACUAUCCGAUGUCCUCAAUAUCCUGGCCGUGCAGGCGUAG